AUGGAGAAAUCCAAAAACUUUCGAAUUGAUGCGCUGCUGGCGCACGACGUGGACCAGAGGACGGACACGGACAGUGCGUCCCCCGGACUGUAUCACAGCAGGAGCCCCGGAGACAGCCCGCUGUCGACCGGCGGCUCAGAGACGCCCUCCUCCCCUCAUCCAAACUCCUCAAACUCGUCUCCGGCGCAGUCUGAAGUCCUCUCCAAGUCUCAUCUCUUCAACCUGUCCCAGUCGGGAUUCCCUGCCCUGCAUCAGGUGGGUCUCAUCGGAAUGCACCCGGGCUCUGUGUAUCCCGUGGCGGCCCUCGGAGGCCAGCACACCGCCUUCAUGUACCCCGGCUUCACGCAGCUGGUCCAUCCGUAUCCGGAGCAGCUGAAGGGGGCCACCGGGGCGCUCCCACUGGAGCCUUGGAUCAGAGCCGGGAUGAUGAUGCCCAGACUCAGAGAAUAUAACGCACCAUCUCAGACAGGUUUGUUGGGGAAGUGUCGGAGGCCCAGAACAGCUUUCACCAGUCAGCAGCUGCUGGAACUGGAAAACCAGUUCAAGCUCAACAAGUACCUAUCCAGGCCUAAACGGUUUGAAGUGGCCACCUCGCUCAUGCUAACAGAGACUCAGGUUAAGAUCUGGUUCCAGAACAGGCGGAUGAAGUGGAAGAGAAGUCGCAAAACUAGGGAACAAGUAACUCCAAGCAGCCUCGCGGACAGAGAAAGAAGCGGGAUGGAUUUGAAGAGUAUCAAACGUCACGGUGGCUCUCGCACCUUGAGCCUAGAGGAUGAGGAGGAGAUAGCAGGGGAACACGAGGAUGAGAAAGAGCAGAUAAAAGAGCUGAGAGAAAGUUCCUUUGGCUCUGUUGGGUUCACGAGGCAUUCAGGAGGAGAAAUGGGAAACUACAACUCUUACUCAGAGGAGGAGAUCGAGGAGGGAGGCCCAGGAACAAAAACUGGGGCUUUCCCAUCAUAA